AUGAUUCAGAUAGUUCCUCAGUCAGGAUUGUUAACCUAUAUAGUUCUGGUUGUUACACAGCUGAAGUGGGCAUGGGAUUACCUUCUUUACCAUUCCUUCUUUCAGCCUUAUAAUUAUGGUGUCAAAUUAUCGGAAUAUGUUGACGAUCUUAGCGUGACGCACUAUGAGAACAAUACAGAUCAGCCUGGGGAUUCAGUAGAAUGUGCCGUUUGUUUAUGCAGGUUUGAAGAAGGAGAUGAAAUCAGAGAAUUGAGAUGUGACCAUUUAUUUCAUAGAGUUUGUUUAGAUAGGUGGAUUGGCUAUGGUCACAUGACAUGUCCUCUUUGCCGGAAUAAUCUAAGGCUGCCGCCAUCCAUGGAGGAGCUCCACCAGGAAAUUAUUAUUAUUGACUUCAGCGCCACCACAUCCAGGGAUCGCUGUGCAUGGUGGCUACGUUGA